AUGCAGCCUAAACCAAUAUGGAAGCCGAUGAUUCCAGCCAACCAGAUACCAAUGAACAUUUACAGAGAGCAUAUCAACAAUAAAUUCAAUGUCCAGUUGAGGGACUCCCACGAGCUACACCGAUGGAGUGUGACAGCACCCCAUGCGUUCUGGAUUGAUCUCUGGGACUAUGUCGGCUUGAUACCCGCACUGCCUCUGGGAGUAAAGCAUGCAUACAAUCCGGCCACAUCCAUUUCAGAGGUUCCUCCGUUCUUCGAAGGAGCAUUGAUCAACUAUGCGGAGAAUGUAUUGAGCCAACCGCUAGUGGAUGACCAGAGCCCUGCUCUAAUCGGCUUAAGCGAGUGUCAACACCUCGAGGGUGAAGUCUGGACAUGGUCCUUGUUGCGAGAGAAUGUGCGGAGGAUCAGGAGCGCUUUUCUCAGAAGCGGCAUUCAAAGAGGUGAUAGAGUGGCUGCUCUGAUAUCUACAUCGGUCUGGUCAGUUGCCCUGCUCCUUGGAUCAGCGAGCAUUGGAGCCAUCUUUACCUCGAUUGCUCCUGAUCUUGGGCUGGAGGGAUGUAUUUCCCGGCUGCAACAAGUCCAGCCUUCAAUAUUGUUCGCCGAUAGCCACUACAUCUACAAAGGUCAACAGCAUUCCAAUGCAUCCAAGAUUUCGUCAAUCAUGAACCUCCUCGGCCCGAAUUCGGAGCUGUUCGUUGUACCUACAGGGCCUGUGGGGCCAUUUCGCCCUCUAUCAGAUUUCCUUGGUAGGUCCAAAGAGACUGAUGGUCUAAAAUUUGCCAGGCUCCCAUUCACAACACCUCUUUACAUUCUCUACUCCAGUGGAACCUCUGGCCCUCCCAAAUGCCUCGUGCACAGCCAUGCAGCCAUCAUACAGCAUAAAAAGAUCGGAAAGCUUCAUAAUUCUCUGAAGCCUGGAGAGGUUGUGUUUCAAUAUUCGAGUACAUCGUGGGUUCUCUGGAACAUUAUGAUCGGACACUUAGCCAUGGGGACCACCCUCGUCCUAUAUGACGGAUCUCCUACUUGGCCAAAGCCUCAGCGCAUGCUCGAAGUUGUCGACAAGUUCCGUGUGAACUACUGGGGUGUCUCGCCAAAGUAUCUCAAGGAAUUGGAAUCGACAAGGUGUAUACCCAAGGCAGAGUAUGAUCUAUCGAGUCUCCGGAUGGUGCAAACCGGCGGAUCUCAUCUUGCCGCUGAUCAGUACUCCUGGUUCUACGCUGUCUUUCCCUCAAGCGUACAUCUCACAAGCGUGACUGGGGGGACUGACUUGGUCACCUCGUGGUGUGGUACUGAUCCCGCUGGUCCAUUGUUUCCAGGGGAGAUCCAGAUGCCCAUUCUCGGACACGAUGUUGACAUAGCAGAUCCCGUUGAUGGAAGUUCUAUCAAGAACACUGGGGAAGCAGGGGAGUUCGUCUGUCGACAGCCAUUUCCCUCAAUGCCAGUCUAUAUGUGGGCUGAUACAGAUGGUGCAAAGUAUCGAGCAUCAUAUUUCAGUCGCUAUUCAUUUCCCUGCUGGGCGCAGCAUGAUUGGGCCAGUGUCAACCCGGUCACAAAGGGUUGGGUCAUUCACGGAAGAAGUGACGGGGUUCUUAACCCGCAAGGCAUCAGAUUCGGCUCCGCAGAGAUCUACUCGGUUACAGAAGCGGCACCCUUCUUGGACACGAUUUCCACCACCCUCUGCGUCGGUAGAAAGAGGCAUGGACUUGAUUUUGACGAGUCGGUGUUUCUUUUCGUCGUCAUGCGCGCUGGGCACGUGUUCUCCAAUGAGCUAGAGCAGCUAUUGAAGAGCACUAUCCGCAAGUCCCUUAGUCCCAGACAUGUUCCACGCUUCGUGGUCGAAGUCAAAGAGAUUCCGAUGACAUCAAACGGGAAGAAGGUCGAGACCUUGGUCAAGGAGACCAUCUCAACCGGGAAGAUGCCACGGACGAUCAGUUCCACGGUGAUAAAUCCUGGGUGUCUGAGAGCUUUCCAGCACUUCUACAGCCUCGAGCCGCAGAGCCCUGGAACUUUUACUGCUCUCAAUGAAAUUAACAGAUCACCGUCAACACCAGCGAAGACUCUUCAGUCCGUGGAGAAUCAGACUCAAACUCCGACCAACCAGCCUGGACGGCAGUGGGAGAGUGUCGAUAUCGAGGUAGGUGCAGAACCUUUAGCAGAGGCAACUGAGAGAGAACCCGUCGCAUCGCCCGAAUAUGUGGCCACCACGGCAAGCCAUGUCGGCAGAAGCGAUUAUAUUGGGAGCAGUGAUAUCAGAUUCCGGGAGGAGAUGGUGCAGGGUCAGAGCGAUGCCUCACGACUAUCACACACAGACUCUGCGCUACUCCAACUACAAAACGCAUUUGAGUUGCCUCAGAGGUCUAUACUCGCCAGUCUCGUCGACAGCUACUUCAAGUAUUGUUCACCUUGGACGCCCGUUUUGGAACCUCCGGAUGUGGAGGAUCUACAUACCAAUGGAACGUCUCCUCUCUUACUCAACGCCGUGCUUCUUGCUGGGAGCCGAGUGGCAUCGAGUGAUACUCUGUCGGCUUCUGCUGAGGAGUUUUACUGCAAAGCUAGGUUGCUAUUCAUCUUGGGCCAUGAAAGGGAUGCGCUCGCCUCCAUUAUGGCUGUGACGCUGCUUCAAUGGUACAAUCCCACAGGUCCAGAGCAUAUCUCGACUAGCACGAGUGGAUUUUGGGUGCGUAUCGCGGCGGGAUUAGCGUACCAGGUCGGACUGCACCGAGAACCUGUCACCGGCAAGGACAGGUAUCUCCGUAGGAGAUUAUGGUGGUUAAUUGUGUGCCGGGAUGAUGUUAUAUCCAUAGGAACCGGGCGACCUAGGACAAUUAACCUGGAUGAUAGCGAUGUCGCUCCUCUGGCCGCCAACGACUUCUCAAGCCCAGACAGCAAGGCACGGUUGUUCUUGGCUUACUCGGGGAUUAUUCGUCUUCUGGCAGAUCUGACCGAAAGCAUCCGACGCAAGACCAUGACGGGGAAGACACAAACCUUUUUAGAGAAUGCCCUUUAUCGCUGGAUCAAGGAUCUACCAGCAGAAUUCCAGCUCUUCCAUGGAUCACCGAAGAAGCUCAGAGCCUACAACUUUGAGGGAAGACAGCUCUUGAUCCCAUAUUUUGUGUUUCUCGUAAUCCUUUCUCGGCAUUCCGCAUCGCGAAAUCAGUCCAUAUGUAUGUCGUUCGUCGCCUCUUCGUUCGUGGCCGGAAUCUUCGAGGACAUCUUAAACAGGGGCGAGCUCUGUCAUUGCGGGCCAGUAUUUACAUUUUACGCGUUUGCGGCUGGUCUUGCUCAGAUGCUGGCACUACGCUACGGCUCUCUCCACGAUACUGCCGAGGAAUCGUUGUCCAUCAUACAAUCGUCUCUGGCGGAGAUGAAGAAGAGAUGGGGGUCCGCUGAUGGUGCCCUAGCUGCUUUAGCCGAGAUGAAGCGUCUGACUGUGAAGAGCCCAAGUCUGAGCGAUACACCAGAGCCUGAUAUUGGGAGGCUCAAGGAGUUUGUCGAUGAUUUUGGCCCGGACCUAUGCAAACAAUACCAACUUUCAGAACACGACAGCUUUUCUGCGCACGCUACUCACCCAUCAUCUUCAUUAUCCUAUUCAAAAUAUAUCGAUAUGACGCAGGGCUUUAGAGGCUCGAUGAAUACUCUCAACGACAGCAGAACAUCUGGUCUUCAAGACCCCCGGUCCGAACACAUGGACUCUCCCUUUACAGGACCGAGCAGUCUGUUCUUUGGCGACUUGGAUCCCUUUGCAGGGUGGAUAGACGACUUGGAACUGGGCUUGAUGACUUAUUGA